AUGGUGACCAGGAAGAGAGAUGCCACAAUUGACGUGGCCAGUAUGUUCAAAGAUGUGGAAGUCAAGGUGCCACUCUUGACGGGAUUGAAGAUGCCCCCAAUCUGCAAGUUUAUAAAGGACUACCUGGCGGGGAAGGUCAACGAAGAAGAAAGAAUGAUUACAGAGGAGAACGUCUCUGCCGUGAUCCAGAGGAGCGACCUCCCAUCGAAAAAGACCGGCCUAGGAAUGUUCACGCUCCAUAUUUUGAUUGAGGAUAUUCAAGUGGAGCACGCAAUGUGUGAUUUAGGGGCAUCCAUCAACGUUCUGCCAUACUCCAUUUAUAGGAAACUGAGAGAGGCGAAACUCGUCGAUACUGACAUCAUGAUACAAUUGGCAGACAGAUCUUGCAUUCACCAUGAGGGAAUUCUGGAAGAUUUAAUCUUGAAGGUGAAUGAUUUUCUAUACCUAGCAGACUUUUUCGUCAUCAAGAUGACAGAGCCAACAACAAGGGAGUCAAGUGGAGUUCUACCGGGAAGGUCGUUCCUGUCUAUGGCCAGCACCAUAAUCGAUGUCCGUAAUGGGACGAUCAGCUUGGAUUUCAAUCGAGAGCAGUUCACGUUCAAUAUUGAUGAAGCUAUGAAGAGGCCAGCAGACAGCGAGAACGUGUACUCAGUAGAUGUGACUGAGCCGCUAGUACAGGAAUAUCUGGAGGAGGAACUCCUACAGAGGUAG